UUUUGUUAUAAGUGUAAUUUUGUUAUAAUAUUUUGUUAUAAGUGUAAUUUUUUAACCUAUAAAAUUUCCUUAAUUACGUUAAUAAAACAUGUAUUACGAUAAGAGUUCUUCAAAUAUAAGUUAUGAUCAAGAAAAGGUGAAGAUUGUUGAUCUUCGAAGUGAUACUCUUACAAAACCAACUCAAAAAAUGAGAGAAGCUUUAUCCAGUGCUGAAGUUGGUGAUGAUGUUUUCUGCGAAGAUCCAACAGUAAAAGUAUUACAAGAAACAACGGCCAAAAUGGUUGGAAUGGAAGAUGCAUUAUUUGUAUGUUCUGGAACUAUGGGAAAUUUAAUUGCAGUAAUGAAUCAUUGCAAUGUUCGUGGAAGUGAAGCAUAUUGUGGCGAUUCCGCUCAUAUUUUAUUACAUGAACAGAGUGGUGCUGCCCAAAUUGCAGGAGUAAAUCUUAGACCAUUACGCAACAAUAUCGAUGGCACUUUUGAUCUAUGUGAACUUCAAUCCAAACUGCGACAUGAUAGAGAUCACGAGCCUAUCUCUAAAUUAGUACUUGUAGAAAAUACAAUUAAUGGUAAAAUUGUUCCACAGAGUUGGCUUAAAGAAUUAGUACCAUUCUGCAAGAAAUAUAAUUUGAAGUUGCACAUGGAUGGAGCUAGAUUAUGGAAUGCUAGUGUAGGAUCAGGAAUACCUGCAAAAGAGAUUGUUUCUGGUUUCGAUUCAGUAACGUUUUGUCUCAGCAAGGGUCUUGCAUGGGAUACAUUCACGAGACCAUGUAGUUGCAUCUUUUCGAAUACCGGGCCAGAUGUAUUUUUCUUCAAGUAUUUUGGACGUAAUUCGACCACUAGAAUAUGACAGACCGUGUACUAUAUCAAAUGUUUUUCGCCUCAAUGAGUUGGGUAUAUAUGGUUGAACAUAUCCUGUUGACGUAUUUACAAAAAUUUUAUUGUUAUCUAUAAUUAAUUGCAGCUCAAGGGAGAUUUCAUUUCGAAGUAGUACUGCUAAUUCUGUGGCUUCUUUUUAUUCUUCGUGAAUUCUUUUUGAAGAAAGAAUGGUGGGAAUUUGUAUCGCAUAUAUUCUUGAUAAGGCAUCUGCUACUAUAUUACCAUAAACGUACUAUUUCUGUAGUGAACUGUGAUAUAAAAUCUGUCAUAAUUGUCUCAGUGAUGCUUUAUCUUAGUGUUGUGAAAAAGCGUAAAUUAAUAGUUGAGUAUGAUCUGUUUGUACAAUAAAUAUAUAUAAGCAUAUAUAUAUAAGCAUCUCAAAUCAGGUUGCCAAAAACUGAAAGAUAAUGGACUAACAAUUAAUGUACAAAAUGUGAACUCGAAAGAACCGAAAUCGAUUUCUUAGAAUAUCAUGUUACUAAGGAUGGAUACUACUAUCCAAUCCAAGAAAGUUAACGUCGAUCAAGACGUACCUUAAACUGGAAACAAUUAUGGAACUACUUCCUUUUUAGGAAUUACUACAGACAAUGAAUAUAUCAAUGAAUAUGUAUAUAUAUAUAGUAACGUCAUCUACUAUAAAUGAAUAUUCAUUUAUUCCAAAUGUAAGAUUUUAUUUCCAUAACUUUUUAUGAUUGUGUUAUUUGUCUUUUUUAUGAUUGUGUUAUUUGCUUUUCUAUCAUUAGGCAUUCAAUCACGAAUUAACAACUCAAAUAAACUCUUUUAAUAACACAAUUGAUACUUUUUAACAGCUUUUUCAGAAUGCUCUCUCACGACUCUCACGACUUGGUUUUUCAAUUCUGCUCUUUCCAAAAAGAAAAGUUCUUCGUGCCUAUGUUGUGCUUUUUGCAUCACAUUUAUAUUUUAUCGUAUUUUUACGAUCAACAAAUAGGCCAUCUGUUAUAUUUAAACAUAACUAAAAUUAUAACUACAGAUUAAUUAUAAUAACUGAUGCUACAUAUUUAUGCUGGACUCUUUGAGAGAAUAUAAGAAUGAGUAAUUUUGGAGUGACUAAUUCUGAUCUUUGAUUGGUGACCACUUGAUUUUUUCUGGAUAAAGUGGCAUUCUUUUUAUGGUUUUCGAAAAAGUUUUCGGUGAUAUUUUAAUGCAUAGAAGAGCCUUCUGCUUUCAUUCAACUUCCCAUUGUACUAGUUUCUUUGUUAAUCAAGUCACCCAUGUAUUAUCUGUCGUGUUGUCGGUUGUAGUUCCUAGAUUGGCGGUUUUACUGGCAGUCUGGUUUGCUUUUCCGUUGCCAAAAAUUCUUGCAUGGCUGAGGACCCAUUAAGUUUUAUUUUCUUUCUUUUCAUGAAGGAUGGAUUUCAAGAAUUUGAAGAAUGAUAUCGUUAUUAGAUCUCUAUUGUAUUUUUGGAAUCCAUCAUUACUAGUUCUUUGAUACGAAUUAUUGGGAGUAAUUUUGAAAGCUUGAAAAAUGGCAAUUAACUAAACUAUAUAGAUUGAAAUAUUCUUAAGGAGUUUUCUUUUAAAGAAGUUAAAAGAGACAAUUGUAUAAUAUUUCUUUAUUGUGUGAAAGCACACAAAAUAUCCUUAUUUGACGAUUUUCUUUUGUUGUGAUAAUAACAAAGAUGUGCUUUAACAAAUCAUUAUUAACUUAUAGUUACAAUAGACUAUGUUACGAUGUUAGAAAUUAUUACAAUAAAUAUGUACCCUUAUUUUUAA